AUGGAUAAUGAUAAUUCACAAUAUUUUUCUUCAACUUAUCAAUUUGAUGAAUCAAUUGCUGACUCUAUUACAAAAUCAAAUAGCCCAGUAUCUGAAACUAGAAGUACAAGUACAAAAAGUGAUAAUGAAGCUUCUAAUGUAUCUACUAUCAAAAAAACUAAAUUAGAUCAAAAGG